AAUACUGUUGGUUCUGCGAUCAGUAAUAGGACACUCAAGUCAAAAAAGCAAUAAUAAUGAAAAUCUUUGUGGCUCUCUUUGCCCUUGUGGCUAUCAGCAAUGCUGCCUCCGUGGGCGAGCCCAUCGACUCCAUGUCCAUCUCGAGCACAAUUGUGGAUCUGAUUGAGGGCAUUCAAGAGCAAAUGCCUUGUGGUUUUGCCGGUUUGGGUAUUCCACCAUUGGCCCCCCUUAGAAUCGAUCACAAGGCCAUCGAUAUCGAUACAUCUGCUUUGAAGGUUAAGGGUACCGUUGAUCAUUUCCGUCUAAAUGGUUUGAACGAAUUCGAUAUUGAUGAGAUGAAGGUCAAUGCUCUGACCAGCAAGGUUACCUACAAAUUCACCUUCCGUGAUGUGAAUGUUGAUACCCAAUACGAUUUGGAAGUUUUGCUUAAGAAAUACGGUUUCACAAUCAACUUGAUCGGUGCCGGUCAUGCCAAAUUCGCCAUCAAGGAUAUGGUUAUCUGGGGUACUUUGAAAUACAGUUUGGGUAUGCUGUCGGGCAAACUUUCACUGAAAUCUCUUGAGGUUCGUACUCACAUUGGUGAGGUUGAUUCCGAAAUUGAGGGUAUUUUGGGUGAUGGUACUGUUAACGAGAAGAUGAACGUCUAUUUGGCCGAAGCUGUUGAAUUGGCCAUCAAUGAGAAUGAGGAUUUGAUCACAGAGACAAUUGAGGCUAUUGCUGUGCCCGCCGUUAACAGUAUCUUGGAGGAGGUCAGCAUUGCCGAUGUCAUCAGCGGCUCUGGCGGUGAGGGUGGUGAGAAGGAAGUUUGCAUUCCUCCAGAAUUCGAGUGGUAAUUCACAAACUUUACCGAUUAAAACUGCUUUAAUUUGGACAAUUUGAAAAA